AACUUUCAAAGACUGUACAUAACUACAAGUUUUGGUCUGGGAGGGUAUUCCCCGUAGAAACUGUUCCUGGCUCGGAGACUGAGCCCUACUCGAAAACUCGACAGUCGAAAUAAUACUUGGUACUGAAAAAAGGUUACUGUGAUCUUCGAUAGUGACGAAUAUUAAAAAUGCUCGAUAAAUGACAAUUAUUCACAUCAAAUCAACAACUGUCAGGAGGAGUAUCAACAAUAUGCCAAAUUAAAUUAAACGAAAUUUUAGUGAAUUUAUCCUUCCAUCCCGUUUUUCCAAAUUAACAAUGGCAUGUAAAAAACCUUUGGGGCCGGGCCCGGGCGCCUACAGGCUGCCAACAACAGUGGGCUUCAACCUCCACGAUCCGUCCCGGUACCGGAACCCGAUGUAUUCGUUCGGCAUAAGCGCCGGCUUCAAGCUAAAACAGCUGAGCCCCGGACCAGCGUACCGGUUAGAAAGGAUGACGCGCGAUGGGUUGAUGACAUCACCGGCUUGGAGUUUUGGUGCACGAUUCCCAACACGAGCCGUACUCCGAACUCCGGGCCCUGGAGCUCACGCGCCUGAGCGCUGUCCUCCCACACGCGAGCCUCGGGCGCCCCAGUACUCCAUGGGUGCCCGCCUCGGCUUCGGGUUGAAGCGCCCAGGGCCCGCGCCCAACGCCUACGCGUUGAGAUUGGGCUCUGGCACACCCGCCUAUACAAUGGGGGCAAGAGUCGGCUUCAACCUCAAACCGAAGUCCCCUGGACCCGCGGUGUACUUCCAAAGAGACACUGAUGUGUACAAAACCAAGUCUCCGCACUACAGUCUCGGCGCGCGGGCGGAGGGCGCAGGCAAGCCAACCAAGACGCCUGGUCCUGCUGCGUACCCACCAAAUCUCUACAAUGUUAAAAAGAACCCAUAUUCAUAUUCGUUCGGCACAAAACACGGCGACUAUGCUCCACCAUUAAUUGUCAAGGAAGACACCAUGGACUGUCUUUAGAGGCUCAAACUAAAUCGACAGUCAUUUAAAAAGUUAAAAUUCAUCCGUAGUCCAUAGUCCAUUAUGGAGUAGAAAAAAAUAAUACAAAACAUCCAAUUG